AUGACGUUCAAGGAGUUCUUCAAUCCUCGGGAUGUCGAAGAUGCGAUUAUCUCUCACCGCUGGACGAAUGACGAGGUAUCUUACCAAGACUACCCACAGUACCUUUCAGGGCUUCGUUCGGGAGAUGGCUGGACCAAAAUACUGCAAGCAUGUAGGAUCGCACGUUUCGCUGGCUACCUCUGGGUUUGGUACGACAGCUGUUGUAUUGACAAGCGAUCAAGCGCAGAACUCAGCGAGGCAAUCAAAUCAAUGUACAAGUGGUAUGCAUCCUCGGAGGUGUUUUAUGUCUUUCUGUCCGACGUACAUCCCUCUGAACAGGAUGACUGUAUCGCACCAGAAGGUCUUCUACAGCAAGAUCUCGCGCAUUAUCAGUGGCCUGCCGACGAAACAAUGCCACAAGUAUCAAAAGAAACGCGCUACUCCUCCCCACCAUCGGCAGGGAGCGCAGAAAGCAAUGUCACAACGCUCCAUGAACGGUUCCGAGAGCGUGAGUUCCAGAAAAGCGAGUGGUUUACUCGCGGGUGGACACUACAGGAGCUUCUUGCGCCGGCCUGCGUCUACUUCUUCAACUCGCGUUUCGAGUACAUUGGGUCUCGGUAUGAUCAUAAAAACUUGAUCGCACAGACGACUGGAGCCCACGUUGCCUGCCUUGGACGCAGGCAGUAUGUUCACUCGGCCAGCAUAGGCACACGCAUGAUCUGGGCUUCAUCGAGGAAAACGACACGAGAGGAAGAUUUGGCCUAUUGUCUAUUCGAUGUCAACAUGCCAUUACUUUACGGAGAAGGCCAGACCAAUGCGUUCAUGCGCUUGCAGCUCGAACUCAUCCGUAAGAGCGAUGACGAGACCAUCUUCUCCUGGGCCAGGCAGUCCACAACUUUUGAAAUCCGCGGAACAUAUCGCUGGAAGGGCCUGCUUGCACAGUCGCCUGCAGAUUUCGGCAAUAGCAACGUUAGCAAGUAA